AUGUCAAACGUACCUAUGGAUUAUAUUGCUUCGCUUGCUUCUGCACGAUCGAAAUUUGCUCUUUAUUUUUCAAUUCCAAUUUGUUUUGUUUGUAUUUUAAGUGAAUGUUUUAGUCUGUCUGUUUUUCUCAGUUUAAAGACAUUUCGACAAAAUUCUGCUUCAGCUUAUUUAAUGUUUACGACAUUAUUCAAUCUGAUUCGAUUAUUAUUUGCCACAUCAUUUAUCUGUAUAUCUAUGGCUUUUUCAAUGAAUUUUACAUCGAUUUCAUUUCUCUAUUGUCGAAUAAGAGGCUUUCUUGUUGCGACAUGUAAUAUAUCAGCUUUAUUAUGUUUAUCUUUAGCAGUAAUUGAUCAAUAUUUAGCCACAUGUUUUCGUCCACAGUGGCGACAAUAUUCAAAUAUACGAGUUGCUCGUCGUGCAAUAAUAAUAAUCACAUUAGUUUCAGUAUGUCAUGGAUUACUUUAUUUUAUUUAUUUCAAUCAAUUAUCAUCAAUAAACCCGUCAGUUUGUAUGGCAACAAAUUCAAUAUUCUAUCAAUAUCAUGUUUAUGGACUUUCCAUAGUAUAUGGAAACCUUUUCCCAUUAAUUGCUGUAAUUUUUGGUUUCUUAGCAUAUCGAAAUGCGCGAAGUUUAUUAACACGAACGAAUCCAAUUAUUCGGCGUGAAUUAGAUAAACAAUUAACAUCAAUGGUUCUUCUAGAAAUUGGUAUUUAUGCUUGUACUUAUACACCAUAUUCAAUAAUAAAUGCAAUUUCAGCGUUAAAUACCAAUCGUGAACCAGUAUAUCUUGCUCAAUUGAGCUUGAUCAAUGCAAUUGCAUUAUCAAUUAGUUUUCUAAGCAAUGGAAAUUCAUUUUAUACUUAUAAUUUUGCCUCGAAAAGAUUUCGUCGACAAACAAAAUAUGUUUUCUAUGAUGUGUUUAUGAAUAAAUGUCGACGGAAUCGAAUUAUUCCAAUUAAUAUAGAAAAUCCAGUAGAGAUUUAA